UUACAAAUUAUAUUUUUUAAUGUAAAUUAAAUUAAAUUACAAAAAAAAAAAAAAAACAAACAGACAGAGUCUCGCAGUUCUUUCUCUCUUGAUAUUUAUGUAAUUUAUCAUAUCUCGGAAUACAAACGCCUGUUCAUCGCAGCCGGGAAUCCAGACAAUCGAAGGUUGUAUUAUCAUCACGCUUCCCUCUGGUCCGCUCUUUUGAAGAAAUAUCAUGUUAUCCUUGUUAUCGUGUACAUUUUUGUAAAAGAACAAGGGAGAUUCUUUCGGUUAGCUCGAAAGUUUGUCCAAGCAUGGAGAUGUGCUCGAUUUGCACAUCAACAUCAACCGUGGGGAAUCAGAAUGCUAAGAAGACUUUUCCGAUCACAAAUAGCAGAGAAUACAAAUUUGUAUGCCCGAUACUCCGUCAGUAUACAUGAAUGUGAGCUUAUGAUUUAUGUAACCUAUAGAACAUAUUCUAUCCGUGGUUUUAUAUAUGAUUUGGUUUCACCGUUCGCAAAAUGGACAAAUUGAUUUUUUGCCAAAAAAAAUGUAAUAAAAAUUGAUCGAACAAAGAGAGAGAGAAUGGAAGGAGGCAGCGUAGCCACAGCGAGUUGAUUUUUUCAUUCUGGCUAUACUAAUGAUCCGAUAUGAAUCAGAUUCGACGAUCUGUUAGGUAAGUAAUUUUCUAUGAUUACCACAAAAAUAAUAUUUCCUAUACUCUUUGAGUAUCGGGUAUAAAAAAAAAAAACAAAAAGAAGCCGCACGAGGAGACGAGUGAGACUUAAGCGAGACGCGAAUGAAUAAAAUCCUGGUCGAAUCAUUUUCAGCAGUAAUUUUUAAAGCUUUUCACUUAACUAUGACGUUUCCUUCUGAUCCCUCUGAAUAAUAUCUGAUCUAUCAACCAGUUUCCGGUGGCCACUCCCAAUCAUAACCGCAUAAGGGCCGGGCUUAUAUGAUAUUAUAUGAUAUGCUGUCAAGGGCAAACAUGAGGGGCGCCCUUUAAUAAUAAUUUCUAUAAUUUGUUUUUUUUUUUAUUAAAUUUGUUGAAAUAUUAAUUACAUAUAAAUAUAAUUAACUUUGCGUGCUUUGGCCUAAACGAACUUUUCGAUAAUUCAAAAUGAGUAGGAUUGUCUUUUUCGAUACAGCAAAAGAGUUCAAUCUCUCUUGCAAAAUAGUGCAUCUUAUGUACGUCUUGAUAAGUCUGAAUUUUGAAAAACUUCGCUCCCCGCUGGCAACAGUUACUGAAAAAUAUCAACAUUGUUCUAAAAAAAACUUAAGCAUUGGGUAAACAUCUAUAACAUCUUUGAUUCUUGACGAUACAUUGCACAACUUUCAAUGGCCGCUUUAUGGUAGCAGGUUUGAGCAGGUAACUUUUUCAACUGUUCCAUUCACGGCCGGGGCUUCUUCAGUUGCGAGAGCUGUGCUCAACUCCUGACAUUUUAACAACAAAAAUUGUCAUUUUCUAUUGAAUUAUCGGGCAUUCGGAGGGCAUUCUCGCAAUUGUGAAUAAGGUGAGAUGUCGAACAAUGAAAAAAAAAAGUGCGGAAACGAGUUCUUCACAAUGGUGAACGAGGACUACAUUCAUGACAAGUUCAACCUGAUCUUCCUGGACACGGAAAACUAUCGCAGCACCCUCGAAGUGAUCCCCGACCUCAACUCCCGGUCAGGUUCCCAUGUUGGAAAUGAUCACGAUGUGGAUGCUAGCGCCGAGAAGCUCUGCAAGCGGAUCCACGCCCGAUUCGAAUUGAUGCUCAAGAAAUUCCAGAGGGCCGUCUUUGCCCCCGUCUACUGCCCCAACUGCAUCGAUGUCUGCAACCUGGACUGCGCUUUGCUUGGCACAAACUACUCCAUUGAGCUAUUCGCUCAAAGGCCAAGUUUGUGCCCAAGUGGGUCCUACUAUUAUGUAUAAAUUAUUUAAUCCUUACCGUUUCGAACCUUUCGCACAUCGCUCUGGGUCAAAAAAGGACUCGCAGGAAGCUGAUACCUGAAUAGAAAAAAUGAGUACCACUAACAAAAUUCCCCGUGUAUAACAUUGUUAACAUUCUGUGUUUUAUUGUUAAUCUGUUCAGCUCUAACCCCCCUCAUUAAACACCUAUAAGCAAUUGUUGCUUCAGGUCCCGAUGGUCUGUAACCGAUUCCGGAGCCUUUUUUGUCUGAUUUUUCUGGUAAAUUCAGUUUCUUGUGCACUCGAUCAGAAGAGAUGAACAUAGUCGUUCAUCUCCACAAGAUUCGAUUUAAACAUUAACUUAAAAGUAAUUGAAUCCAAAAUUUGAAUCAGUUUAUACUUAUGAAGUAUUUUAAGUAUUUUUCUUAACUGUCUAGUCUGUCUAUCGUCUAUUGGAUAAUCUUAUAGCUAGAAUAGGAUGCGUGCUGGCGGAUGGAUGCGGAUGUACGAUGAUGCAUACAUAUGUACAUACGAGUACAAAAAAUUAGUUACAAUUUUCGUGUGCGACUAUUCCGAGCCAGCGUUAGGAUAGUCGCUUGCCUUAGACAAUUAAUCCGAGUGUUUUACACAUACGAUGCAAUAAAUAAAUAACACUAUCUCUACACUAUCCUACGGGUCUGAAAAAUCAAUGAAAUGAUACCUAAAAAAAAAAUUUUGUAAUUAAAACUAAAUAUAAUAUUUCUACUGACUAUCAGGGGUCAGGGAACUAACAAAAAAAAA